GAUGUUCGUCGUGUGUAGCCAGUUUUAACGGAAUAAAAAUAACCGAUUAUAAUCGGCUAAUCGAUUAAUCGUCCUAACUAUUGUGAACUGUUUGUUUUGGUUGAGAGAACGUUAGUUUUGUGAUUAAUUGUCCGCAAAUUAGCUUGAGUUAUGUACGGCUUUGUGAUGCAUUAGCUAAAAUAAAGAAAGCAAUUGUUACUCGGAUUUGUGGAUUAUAACAAUUACGUCUUGCACAGUGCUCGGUAAAAUAAAAUUUUGCGUCUAAAUUUUCACGACAUACAUACUUGUUAAGUGGUAAAAAUGGUGUAAAAAAAUUACAGCCGUUCACGCUGAAACAACUUGCGAAGCUGUACUUAAAGCUCUUCUUGACACUUUCGAAAAGCUAUUUAAUAUCAAAAACUAUUUAAUAAAAAAGUACUGAUCAUUUUAAUAAAAAAGAUGUCUUGCGAAUCCUGUAGCGUCACACAGCGUAAAGCCUGGGUUUUUGGGUUAGGCACCUUCUUUACGGCUCUUGGUAUUGCUUUACUUGUAUUUUGGAAUGGAAUUGCGGAUAACAUUAUGCGAAAUAGUUUAAUGUUAAAAGUUGGCUCUGAAGCCUAUAACAUUUGGGUGGAGGCGCCCAUUCCAAUUUACUUAGAAUUCCAUAUAUUUAAUUGGACGAACCCUGAAGAGAUACGAAAUCCGAAUGUGAAACCGCACUUUGUUGAAAUGGGACCGUAUGUGUUUCUUGAGAAACACUUGAAGCAAAAUAUUACAUUUUAUCAAAACGAUACAGUGUCAUACUUCCAGAAGCGUACCUGGUUCUUCGAUGAGCAGCGCUCCGGCGGAUCUUUGAAUGAUAUGGUAACAGCAGCGCAUGUUAUAACUGCUACCAUUGCUGACGAAAUGCGACACAGAAACAAAGUUAUAAAAAAAAUUGUUAAUUUCAUGUUGAAUCACGAAGGUGGUGAGCUAUACACAACUAAGCCUGUACGCGAGUGGAUUUUUGACGGUUACGAAGACAAAUUAAUCGACUUCCUAAAUCGUUUCAAUACAACAAAAAUAAAAAUUCCCUACACACGCUUUGGCUGGCUUGUAGAUCGUAAUGCUUCUGCCGAAUAUGAUGGCCUCUUCACAAUACACACGGGUGUCGAUGAUAUGCAAAAUUUGGGUCGUUUGACACAUUGGAAUAAAAGGAAAGAGACUGGGUUUUAUGCCGCACCGUGUGGCACAGUUAAUGGUACUACCGGCGAUCUCUUCCCACCACAUUUGAGUGCUCAACAGGAGAUCACCAUCUUUGCGACGGAUGCAUGUCGUUAUUUGAAUUUGGCCCCGAAUGGUACUAUUGAAAAACAUGGACUAACGGGAUACAAUUGGGUUGGGACGGUCGAGACACUUGAUUCUGGCGAAAACUAUCCUAAUCAGAAAUGCUUUUGCGAUCCAAGUUUUGACGAAUGCCCGAAAACGGGAGUUGUAGAUUGUAAAAAAUGUCGAAAUAAUGCGCCGAUUUAUGCCUCGUUUCCACACUUCUAUUUGGCUGAUCCAACCUAUCUAAACGCCGUAGCGGGCUUGCAACCGGAUGAGCAUAAACAUAGUUUCAAUUUGGCUAUAGAGCCAAACACUGGUGUGCCUCUGCAAGUGAAUGGACGUCUGCAAAUCAAUAUGAUGAUUCAACCAGAUGAUGACUUUGACAUAUAUCGUGGUGUUCCGAAAUUCCUAAUGCCCAUGUUCUGGUUCGAUCAGCGUGCGGAAUUAGACACUAAGUUAGCUAGUAGAACAAAGCUUGUUCUAAAUUUGGGCGGCUAUGGCUUCUACACUGGAGUCGGGUUGGCAGUGAUAGGUGCUGUAUUCUACAUUGUUGGCGUAGUCUUAACAAUAACAAAGCGAUGGAAACGGAUACCAAAUUAUGAUGAAGAUAUGCUUACCACUUAGUAAUUUGAAUUUAGAAUAGAAGUUGCAAAUGCUUGUCAUUUAGUUUAUAAAAUUAACUUCUUUUCGUUCUUUGAACACAUGAUACAAGUAUUUAGAGAUAAAACCGCUCGCUCAGUUCGUCGGCCGUGAUUUUUUUUUUUAGUUUGUCUACUUUCCAACCAAUUCGCUUAUUAUUAAAAAAAGUUAUGUUACUGUAAGUAAUAGAAUGUCGUACAUGCUCUCGGAUUUGAUCGCCAGUGUACGUAUGUUAGCCAUUCCUUUUUAAGUUGUAAGGAUUUGGUAAAAAAAUGAUAUGUCUCCGAUUCGCUUCAAAUUUUUUUUUAUGGGUUCAGAGUUUGGAUUUUUUCGUGAUUCUGACUAAUCAUAUACUUCUUCAAAUCGUUAUAUCUCGGGUUCUGCUCUUCGUAGAGAUUUCACCUUAACGCCGUUUUAAAGCUAAAGAAGCGGGCUUAACAUGUCUAUAUAUAAUAUGGUUGUGAUUGUUCUAAAGCUAACUUAGCUAUAAACAUUUUAACUUUUUGAAGUGGGUUUGCAUAGUGAAGACCAGUAAAUUAGGGCUUUAAAAUUACACCAUCGUAAUCCUUG